AUGUCGACGCCCUUUUCCCUCGGCCAGAAAAUUCCUACGGAUUAUUCGUCUCGAAGAGGCUCGGGAAUUAUGUCUGAACGAGCUAAAGCUGUACCCCGCAGUGCGAGCUGGGGAGCCGCGUGCGCCCCCUGUGCAAGGGCAAAGGCUCGGUGUAUCCGGUCUAAUAAGGCGGCCGGAGACAGAUGUGAUAGGAGGUCACAGCAGCUGGAAGCAAAAUUGGACAAUCUGCUCGAAUCAUUAAAGCGGCCAGAGCAGAACCCGAAUCUAGGCCAUCUGGGCAUGCAGCUCCGCGACAGCCCAGAGGGCUCAAAAGCCCACUCGUCAUCAAUAUUCACGGGCGGACAGCCCGGCAAAAUCCAAACCAGCGAUACAGGCUCAAUUGAGAUAGCUCCUCUACCCGGGUACAAUACAUACGCACGCCCACUAUGUACCUGUUCAGAGACGAUCGAGCAAGAAGACCUCGUCCCAUCACAGCCUGAUGAGGUUCUGUUAUCAAUAUAUCGGAGCCAACUGAGUGCUCAAUUCCCCUUUGUGAUCAUCCCACCAAGAGUGACUCUGGCAGAGCUCCGAGAAACGCGCCCUUUCCUGUUGAAAGUCGUCAGAAUGAUCGCUUCGAUUCGAAACCGAAGGUCGAUGUGGGGACAAAGCCAUGCAGUCAUGCGUCAUCUUACGGAAGCGGCGAUGAUUAGGGGUGAGCGCUCUCUGGACUUGCUGCAGGGGAUAUUGAUGUUUGUAGGUUAUUUUCACUAUUACUGCAUGGCGCAUGGGCAGUUCAGCAAUUUGAUCCACUUGGCACACUUGCAACAAUGUCGACAGGAGCUGGAGGAAGCGCCAGAAUACGAAACAGAUAGGCUGCUUGUCGAACUGGUCAAGAUCCAGCACCUGACCGAGAAGAUCUUUCGAUUCAACCAUAGAGAAGAGUUAGUGGACACGAUGCCUGGUUUCACAUCCCCGUCCGAAGAAGAUGCACUCUUGUACACAAGCAGCUUGGAGGCCGAAAUGGAAGGCAUGAGGCGAUCAUUACCGGCCAGCCUAGAACAUAACUGUAAGCGCCCCCCAGCAUCCGAUUCAACGCAGUCUGAACACAACAUCCACUACGCCGCCGCAACACAAGCUGUGCAAGAAUGGCUUCACACCUGGCUUUCAAUACCAGUCUGCUACUAUUUCUAUAUGCCUCAACCAGGAAUUAGCCAUCUUAUUUUCGCCGCAACAAUGCUCGUGAGACGAGCCCGGCUGGUCCUGCUCGCCUGGGGCCAGCCCGCACAAAGAAGCGCCACAGGCAGCGCAGCAGGAACCGCACCAUCCGACCGCCCAGUGCCCAAAGCAGUUCCAGCUACAGUCGGAUAUACCCCCUUCCAAGGGUUCUUGAUAGAACCUCUGAUCACACUGGCCGGACGGUUCGAAAGCGCGAAGCAGGAAAUUGGGGUAGCGCACGCUACCGAAUGGAAGAAUGACUUCUUCGAUAUCGCCGGUAUGAUCUUGCGCAAUCGAGCCGACCGUAUCGAGAAGUGGUGCGGGGUGGUUAACGCAAAGGGCUUCUUGCCGAGGAAGCACACGGCCUCGGACUCGCUGGAAAGUCCGAAUGCGUUCCGGACGGUGGAUGACAUGCUGUUUGAGCAGGGGAAUGCGCCGCUGUUUAAUGAUGCUGAUUUGGAGAAUUGGCUUUGGGCGGGUGACUUUUUUUGA